UGUUUUGCAGCCGUCCAAUCAUGCUAUACUUUUGCCACAAAUACGCACAAAAUGAUCGACUGUACCCUUGUGAUCCACAAAAGAGGGCGCUCGUAGACAGGAUGCUAUAUUUCGAUUUGGGCACGUUGUACAAUGCUAUCUACAGUUUGGUAAUUCCGAAACUGUUCGGGAAAGUGACUGAAAUUGACACAAAUCAAGAAAACCAAUUCAAAGAAGCACUUAUAAUUUUCGAACAGUUCAUUGGAGACAAGAAAUACGUGACUGGAGACUCUCUAACGCUGGCAGAUAUUUCUAUACUUGCUGGUCUAACAUUCUUGGAAGUUAUUGACUACAAGAUUCAUGGUUUCCAAAAGGUUCAGGACUGGUUACAACGUUUGGAAACUGAACUCCCUUACUACAACGAAAUCAACAAAAAACCAAUAGAGGAUUUCAAAGCUACAAGAGGUUAAUCAUGGUAAUUGUUCAAAGGUAUUCAUUGCUGGCGCCAUCUGUUGGUAAAUAUUCAAAUAUUUCAUAUUUUAAUUAAAACACAAUACCGAAAAUUUUUAGAUCUCAAUGUCUAAAUACCUGAGUGUAGUAAUUUACUUGUGUUUAAAGAAACAGUUUUAAAUAUUGGGUUUUGAGGUUUAGAAUCUCAAGUUUCGUGACGAUUAUACUGCUUAUCAUAAUCAACACUAUAAAUACAUUCAUAUAUAUAUAUAUAUAUAUAUAAUUAACUCAUGUCGAACCGUAUUUAAAUAAAUAAUAGUUCAAAAUACAAAAUCUAAAAACUUAAAAUAUUUUUUUACAGCUUAUAGGUUUCAGAGCAAAAACCAUAAAACGUAAAAACCCAAGUACACAUUUAAGGAACCUAAAAUGUAUAACUGCUGGUACAUACAGAACAAAUUGUAUACAUACUAAUACAAGGAUAAAGAAAUUGUCUACGGAUUUAGAAUUUUAUGUAUUAUUUAUUUAUGGAAAUUUAUAUCAUAAACAUCAACAGAUGGCGGCACAAGCUGGUUUCAUAGUUUCUUUCACGUGGUAUGAUGUACUAAACCUUUUGCGGUCACUUUUUAAUUAAACUGAAGAAAUAGUGUUUCUGUCACAUCAUUUAUCUUUUUUAAUUUUUUAUUAAGUUGUCGAAAUUUAUAAAUUAAAAUUUCAGGGUUAUAAAAACUAUAGUUGUAAUCGAAAAAAAUAAGCAUAAGGAAAUGUAUACGUGCAUAUAUAUUGUUUGUUAGUGUUAAAACUAUAGAUCUUAGUAUAUGUUAUGGAUACACUGAAUAGGAUGCACUAAAAUGUUAUCAAAAUUUGUACACCAGUCUGAUGAAUAUAAAACAGAACUUUAUUAAAUUAUUACAAUAUUUUGAGUUAAUUAUUUUCAUGUUCCAUAACAAAAUCAGGUGCUAUUAAUAUGAAAUUUUCCAAACUUUAUUCUGUAUUGAAAAAAAAAAAAUUAUAAAAGUAACAAGAACAAAAAAAAAAAUUUAAAUAUUCGCCAGUGUUUAGUAUGGCUGCCUAUUAAUUAGUAUCAUUUGGUGGAGGAAUACACAUAACGUUCCUUUUUACUUUUAAGUUAGUUUUUGAUUUAUAUAUCACGCUUACGAAAGUAUCGCCUAAUCAUCCUCCCCGUCCCUUAUUAGAUAAUUCAUUAACAUAUCUUUCACUAAUCCAAGCCUCUGGAAAGAUAUUUUCCACAACAAGCCUUUGGGCAGAAAUUGGUCCCUUUUCACCAAAUGUAAUAUUGAUCAGUUCAAACGCUUCGCGCUUUCUUUUUAUAAUAGGCUCGGAACAACUAAUAACUAAACUAAUACAAAAUUAUUUGUGUUGGUGCUACUAGUAGGUGGUACUGCUAGUGCUACUGGUCCUCUGUAGGUGUUAAUCUCAAAAGACGCCGCAUGUGUAACGUCGAUGUAAUUAAAACUUUUUUCUAUUGUAAAAGCUGAACAGCCUUUAGUAUUGUUAAAAAAGUUUUUUUCUUUUUUUUUUUUUUGCUGACGGAUACUUCACGUAUCAGUUUCUUCAGAAGCUUUCGGUUUGAAGAUUUCUAUCUUCACUUAGAAACCCGAAUUUCUAGCCUAAAACAUUACUGUGUUAAUGUAGUUACUAAGGCUCAUACUGAAUAACUAAAUAUAGAUUUGGCCAUAAAGUUACACAAAAUUAUCUUUAAUCUCCAGAUAAUAAUAAUCUAUUAUUUCAUCCAACGAUUCGCCAUCACGGCUUCAUCAGGGCUAGUAGUAUAAGAGCAGUUAUUUUUGUUGUAUACAUUAGGCCUAAGUGAAUUGUUUAAUGAUUUCGUUGUUAGAAAUGUUUUUUUUUUUGCAAAAUUUUUUAGAAUACUGAUUAUUGUAUUAUAAAGAAACGAAAUAACAUACAAAAAAAAAGCAUACUGGAUAUGUGCGUUUGUUGAUGAGGCUUUUAUACAGAAUUAAGUGUUAUAUAACGAAUCAGUGAAAUUAGCUAAUACAGGAAACAUAUAGGGUUAAUAUGAAAAAUAGUCCCUUGAACGCCUACUUCAAGAAUUUUUGACUUGUAUAGAUUCGACUUGCUUUCAUGUUUUUAGGCGGAACGCAACGAAUUAAAAUAAGAUUCUAAUAUUUUAUAAUUUUUUUUAAGUCUGGGUUUCAAACCAGUUCGAGUUUAUUACAUUUUGUCUUCUCAUUUUCUUUUCUUUUUUUUUAGUGAGUGACGAUAAACGACACUUUCUGUUUAACCCUAAAUGUGUGGAUAAACAUUUUAUGCGUUGUUGAUAAUUUUAUUUAUACUUUCCCCUACGUUUUUUUUACAUGUCUUCUCGACAAUGUAAAAUUAUAUAAGAUUAAAAAAUCGUUGGACUUCUGUUGCAGUGGUAUAUGUAUGAAUCAGUGUCUAUAUUGCUGUGUUUAUCGAGUUUUAACAACACGCGUUAUUAACACGUUGAGUGGUAGUAAAUAUAGCAACAUGAUAUCUCAGAAAGCAAAAUAAUUAACUCUUAUGCACUUUUGGAUAUCGAAUCAUACUUUACAGACAAACUGUUCAACUGGUUGUUUUCUUAACAAUAAAACUAUUUAGUAUUCAUGUGGUUUUAAUACUCUAUUUUUCAAUAAAUUUGAUCGAAAAACUGUGUUAUAAGUCUUUUGAAAAAGCAGAUCUGUAUCUUACUUGUUUUUCUAAUAAACACACAUUAAGUACA